AUGGAGAAAGGUCUUGUACUAAGACAGCACUUCUUUGGUGCAGACAGCGACGAAGUAUGGACGUCUUGCAGGACAGUGGGCGAAAUGUGCAACCUUUUAGCUAUGACCUACUUGCAGCAAGAAGAGUUUCGAGUAGUGCUUGAGUUGCUCAAGAAGGCAGAGAUAUUAACGGAGCGACAUCCUGCCGGCCGAGCCGUAACACUCAAUAACUUAGCGUGUUACUAUCGUCGACAAGGGAACCUUCACAAGGCACUCACUAACUUAACCGAAGCACUCAAAAUCGAGUCUCGUCUGGAUAAUUUGCCGAAUAAAGCGGACACACAUCUCAACAUGUGUGCGGUACUCUCUCAGCUUGGUAAGCACCAAAGCGCACUAGGUCACGCUCAAUCGGCGUUGAUUAAUUUGCAUGAGGAGCUGCAACUUGGUCGCGUAGAUGGAGGAUCAAGCCCAACACGCAAGGGCUUUGGUGGAAAGAGAGGCGACAAGACUGACCCGACGAUUAAACUGGAUCGCGUGGCAGUCCUGGGUAUUGCGUACCAUAAUGUGGGAGUCGAACAAGAGUUCUUGAAGUGCUGGGAUCUGAGUCUACAGUCGUAUAAGAAAGGCAAGGAGAUUACAUCAACAUAUCUUGGAGAGUCGCACGGCAUCGUCAUCACAUUGCAAAACUCGUUGUUGAGUGCAAAGCGCAACAUGGCCAGUAAGAUUCGGACAGCAGGGACCCGUGGAGACGGCGUCUCGUUGCCUAGUAUACACAGCUCUCGGGGUACAAAGUCUGCUAUUAAAUCUUUGGUAAGCCAGAAAGCAAGGGCGAAAAAGGUGAUCCGAGCGACUCCGACUAAACUGCCACUAGCGUAUAGCAACAACGGCAGCAGUACCACUCGCUUGUAG